AUGACCAAGGCACGCAACAGACGCAACAAGCGCAUCAGACUUGAUGCAGCAAGGGAUAAUCUGUACAAGCUGAAUGCCGACUUGAACGAUCAGAUCGAAUGUCGCAAAGCAGCUGAGGCUGUUCAUCCUGGAACAAAACCACGCAUCAAGGGCGUCUGGACGAGAUCGGAAGUACGCGGAAUCAUUGCUACAACUGAUGAUUUUGUCGAACUUAUCUCGAAGGACGACGAUGAAUCUGGUGAUGGAUCCCAUGUGGCCGAAGUGCAUCGCGACCUUCUCUGUUUCUUCGCGCCCUAUUACCGCGCUAUCUUCACAGGGAACUUCAAGGAGGUUAUGCACAACACUGUGAUUCUAGAAAUGGAUCAAGCUUGCUGCAGCAUGUUCGUAGAGUGGCUGUAUACUGGAUUCAUCCCACAGCAUGACCCCUGGAGUCUCUGUCAGCUUUACAUCUUCGCUGAUCAGACAAUGAAUCUGACCCUGCGAAGAACGAUCAUGACCCAACUCUUCGACUGCAAGUUCGACCCGUCGAUCAACGAUCCCAACACAGCAGCUCUACUGAGUUCAUUGCCGAGCAACUCGCCCCUGACUCGUUACGUGUUCGAUCGGCUUGUACACCACACUCGUCAAAAGGGCUGCCACUUCAGAAAACAAGAAUACAACGAUGCCCUCUACGACGGUGUCCCUGUCGACUUCGCUCGCGAGCUGAAGACACGGCUUGCGCCACAUCGCGAAGUACCUCAAGACUGUCCAUGCUGCCACUCGCCAUGCAAUUACCACGAGCACGACAACAUCGAAGAAUGGGGAUUAAGCUGUGGUGAUUCUUGGUAUCUCGAGCCUGAGAGUUAUUGA